AAAACUGCAACUUAUAGUCUGAAAAAUACGGUACAAUACUUUGCAGUAAUGCAUUGUGUGCUAAGGUUAUCUACAAUCCAAAUCAGGAUAGCAAGACCUCAGCAGAUGUCUGCAUUUAGACAGUUCAUGAUCUUUGUACUUGGACUAUUAUUUGCAAACACAGCGUUGUGUUGAUGAGCGGACGUGACAGGAAGACGUGCGAUGAAGGGAAGAAACAAAACGACAUGCAUCCUAUCUAAUGUUUGUGUUUCUCUCAGAAAAUAAAGUGAGCAAACAUGGACUACGUCACCUUGGCCUUCCUGGUGUCUUUCUCCCACGUGUUGAGCAUGACCACAGCUGUGCCUCUGCCGACGGACGCCAUGAGGAUUAAAUCCAAGGUGAAGCGGAUGGCCGAGCAGCUGGUUGUGAGGCUGAAUACAAACAUCCAGGCUCCUGCUGGCGUGACGUUGGCGUCGCCUGCGGACCAACUGGACGGGCUCUCCUCGGUGGUGGCGCUCUUGGACGGCUACAACGACCUCAUCUCGGACUCCCUGAACGUGUCCCAGGUCAAGACGGACAUCUCGUCCCUAAAGGGUUACCUGGUGCAGUGGAGGCGGGGUCACUGCAGCGACUCCAAGCCCAAGCCGUCAGUAUCCGGUCCACUGCAGCGGCUGCAGAGUCAGCGAGCCUUCGUCCUCACCGUAAGCAUGGAGGCGCUCAUGAGAGUGAAGGAGCUCCUCGGUCAGCUGCUGCACAACAUGGACCAGCUGGAGAAAUGCUGAAAAACUCAUCUUUAAUGCACACGUAUUUAAAUGCUCAGAUUUAUUUAUAUAUUGUAUUUACUUUUUCUGCAAAGACAGUCGCAGUAAAUUCCAAAUGCUCAUCUGUGCUGGGAAAGAUCACAGAUUCACACAUAGCUCUUCCUGUUUGUAGCCUUUAAAUGCGCCUUUUGUAUAUUUUUGUACUGUAUUUUUUUUAUAAACACUGUAUUGAUAACUAUUUAAGAAAAAAACAUGUUUCAUAAAGUGAGUUUUUCAAAUGACUGUAGACAAACAGAUAAUAGAUAAUAAUGCACACCCAAUUGUUUUGAUAUAUUUAAUAAAAAUCUUACAAGUAAAAUCAAAAUGAGUUUGCUUUGCUGGUGGUGGGACAAAAUGGUGAAUUACAGAGGUAUCAUAUUGUAAAGUUUAACACCAUAAUUAAAAUCAGCAUCACUGACGUCGCCUUCGAGUACAGACGACAAACUUUGCGUUUAAAUUAACUAUCGAACCACUUGUUAUUUCUCAUACCAGAGUUUUUCUGCGUUUUUGAGAGAAGUUUCUUCUUGUACUGCUCCACAAGGCUGUCAAAACGGUCUGAACCUUUCCUCUGGUGCUUCUUUGGAGCUUUAAUAUUCUGGGAAAAAAAACAAUACGAGUAAUAAGCACAUAACCAAAUAUAUCUGGUUGAUCUCAUUAGGCAAUGUGACAAGGGUUAAAUAUCAAUAACAGCUCUCGCUACUGUUAACCACAACCACAGUAGUAAACACUGAGAAAGGAAUGCCUCAAUCAAAACUGAAAAGAGUUACCAGUUGAAAAGCACCAUUUGUGACACAUAUAACCACUCAAAGUGUGCCUAAUAAGUUGGCCAGCGUGCAUCGAUAAUAAGAAUGUACGGUUGUCCCAGUACCAGAAUGUAUUUUGAUACUUUUCUAAAUAAAG